AUGAGCAAGCAGACCUACAACGUCGUCGUCCUCCCCGGUGACGGCAUCGGCCCCGAGGUCGUCGAGCAGGCCACGCGCGUGCUCGAGCUCAUCUCGUCCAAGAGCGACUCUUUCUCCAUCAACCUCAAGCCCUUUGACUUUGGCGGCGCCGCCAUCGACUCGACCGGCAAGCCGCUGCCGGACGACACGCUCGAGGCGUGCAAGACCGCAGAUGCCAUCCUCAUGGGCUCCGUCGGUGGUCCCAAGUGGGGCGUCGGCAAGGUGCGUCCGGAGCAGGGUCUUCUGGCGCUGCGCAAGGAGCUCGACCUGUACGCCAACAUCCGUCCGUGCCUCUUCCCCUCCGAGUCGCUGCUCUCGCACUCGCCGCUCAAGCCCGAGGUGGCCAAGGGCGUGUCGUUCAUCGUGGUGCGCGAGCUCGUCAAGGGUCUCUACUUUGGCGACCGCCAGGAGGCCAACCUGGACGACCCUUCGUCCGACGGUGCGGCGUACGACACCAUGGUGUACAACAAGUUCGACGUGGAGCGCAUCACCAAGCUCGCGUCGUACCUCGCGCUCCAGUCGUCGCCACCCGCGCCGCUGCACUCGAUCGACAAGGCCAACGUGCUUGCCACGUCGCGUCUGUGGCGCAAGGUGGUGCAGGAUACCGUAGACACCCAGUUUGCAUCGCAGGGCAUUACCGUUGACCACCAGCUCGUCGACUCGGCCUCGAUGGUCAUGGUCUCGAACCCUCGCAAGCUCAACGGCAUCGUGCUCACCGAGAACAUGUUUGGCGACAUUCUGUCCGACGAGUCGUCCGUCAUCCCCGGUGCGCUCGGUCUGCUGCCUUCGGCUUCGCUCUCGGGCCUGCCGGAUGGCAAGAGCAGAUGCAACGGUCUGUACGAGCCCAUCCACGGCUCGGCGCCCGACAUUGCCGGCCGCGGCAUCGCCAACCCCGUCGGCACCAUCCUCUCCGCCGCCAUGCUGCUCCGCUACUCGCUCCACCAGCCCGAGCUCGCAGACAAGGUCGAGGCUGCCGUCAGGAAGGUGCUCGACGCCAAGGACAUUGGCGGCCACGAACUCAGGACCGCCGACCUCGGCGGCAAGCACGGCUCCAAGGACGUCGGUGACGCCGUCAUCGCCGCCCUCGAAGCCCUCCUCUAG